UGAUAGGUAUUUUAACUGAAUACCAUGGAUCAAAUAAGUAAAUUUGGCAUUAGUGACCAAGAUAUUAAAAUAUUAAUAAAGAGUAUUUUUAAGAAGAAGAAUGACUUACAAGUAGAUAUAGUUGGAACAUCAAAACUAGAUGAAGGUUGUACAGGUAUAAUAAUUUACGUUAAGGCAACAGAUUUCCAAAGUAAAACUAAUGAAAAAUUUAAUUUUGUUGUAAAACACAGCUCGACAAAUGUGGAACAUAAAAAACAAAUACCAAUAACAUGGUUUUACAAAAUAGAAGCAUACCUAUAUGAAACAAUAGUACCAAUCCUCCAAAAGUAUCUUACCAAAAAAAAUGUAGAAUUACUUUAUUUUUUUCCAAAAUUCUACAAAUCUCAAUUCUGGGAAGACAAAGAAAUUAUUGUUUUUGAAAACAUAAAGCCGAAAGGUUACAAGUUACACAAUGUAAAAAUCCCAAUGGAUUUAAACCACAUUAAACUUGUGUUGAGUGAAUAUGCAAAAUGGCACAGUACUUCAUAUUCCUUUAAAAUAGAAAACCCUGAAGUUUGGAAAAGCAAAGUUAAAUAUAUUAACGAUAUAAAGGUAUUUAUGUUUGAUACUUUUCCCGGUGUAGCAGUAUUUAAAGGAUUUCAAGAAAAAUAUUGUGAAAUUUUGGAAAAAUGUAGUGAAACAAAAUUGCUUGAUAAAAUGAAGAAAUUAGAUUUUAUUCAGAUGAAAAAAGACAGUUUUAUAGAUGAUGAGUAUUCGGUUGUUAUACAUGAUGAUUGCUGGAAUAACAAUUAUUUGUUUAAAUAUAAGGAUGACACAGAUAUUCCUGAAAACGUAUCGAUUCUUGAUUGGCAAAUGGCAUGCUUUGGUCAUUUGGAAGUCGAUAUCGCCGAGAUGCUAUUUUCAUGUAUAUCAUCGGAAAAUCUUAAGGACAUUGACGAAUUACUUGACACAUACUAUGAAAUGUUCUCACAAAAUUUGUGUGUCCUCGGAAUAAACUCAAGUAAAAUGUAUCCAAAAACAUUGUUUUUAAGUCAUUGGAAAUCAUGCCUUAAAUAUGGCAUUAUCAGCUUACCUUUUAUAUAUGCGAAAGCUAUAGAAAGUGAAAAAAAUGUUGAGAGUAUGGAAGCUUUAUUGGCGAACAAGGAUGGUCAUAUAUAUGAUGUUUUUGAUAGUGAAGUUAGCAAUAGUUUUGUAAAUAGAAGAAUUAUUCACUUGUUGAAGUAUUUGGAUGACAAAAAAAUGUUGUAAUUAUACAUUUUUAACCUAAU